AUGGUAGCUUCCAACACGGUGGAGGCCUUGAGCCCUGAAGACGGUGAGCGAGUUCACUUCACAAGAGACAGACACUACGCGAUGCAUGGUGAGAUCUUGAUGAUGGUUCUUGUGGUAAGCUUCGCUAUUUUCCUCGUGUUCCUCGUCUUGCUUCCUUGUCUGAAGCGCCGUUACACUCACCACUCCGACUUGUCUGAAGAAGACGCUUCAUGGAGCGGUAGAGUCAAGCCACAAUCACCUGUUGUAGUAAGCAUACAAUCCAUUUCGAAAUAG